AUGGUUUCUUCUCGUAAAAGACACAAAAAGGAUAGAGAUGAAGCUUGGGAGUCUGAAGAACAUGACAGAAGAAGUUCUGGUGACCAUAGGAGAAGUGGUUAUUAUCAUGAAGGAAAGAGGACUUCUGCUAGCGGCCGUUACCGUAAUCGCAGUCCUGAUGACUCUGACAUGGAUGAUUAUUCUCCUCCUCCUAGCCUCAGUGAGGUGGCUAGAAAAAUGAAGAAAAAAGAAAAACAAAAGAAGAGGAAAGCUUAUGAACCUAAACUAACGCCUGAAGAAAUGAUGGAUUCUUCAGCUUUCAAAAGAUUUACUGCUUCAAUUGAGAAUAUUUUGGAAAAUUUAGAAGACAUGGAUUUUACAGCUUUAGGCAAUGAUGAUGAGAUUCCACAGGAAUUGCUACUGGGAAAGCAUCAGCUUAGUGAGUUGGGUAGCGAAUCUGCAAAAAUCAAGGCAAUGGGCAUUAUGGACAAGGUGGUGGAGAAGCCAACAAGGAGAGGUGUACUACUGGACCUAGUACUGAUAAACAAAGAGGAAGUGUUGAAGGACAUUAAGGUUGGGCACAGCCUUGGCAGUGGUAAUCAUGAGAAGGCAGAGUUCAGGAUCAUGGGUAGCAUGCACAAAACGAUGAGCAGAAUUGCACCCUUGGACUUCAGGAGGGCUAACUUUGACCUCUUGAAGAAAUUGCUUGGAGAAAUCCCAUGGGAGCUUUGGAAGGUAGAGAGGCUCAACAGAGCUGGUUGA